CCCUUAAAAGAUGCCACAAUUCUGUUAGGGAUGCGAGAUCAUGUCAGGCAUGUCCGUUGGACAUCGGUGCAUUUUUACAUGCAGUAGCUGUGCAUGCAUGACACACAGAGUUUGAGUUCAGCGUCUCCUCGCCUUUUUCUCAUCCCCGUGCUCAGGUGCGCAUUCCUCUUUUACUGCAGGUAUUUUGUGCGCCCCGUGAGCCCAGAGACCGCGAGUGGUUGUGAUUAGGACGUAGUGUGACACGAUGUGUAAUCGGAGGAAACAUGUUUGUGUUGGCGCUGGCGGGUACGCUAAUCAGGCACUGACAGUCAGGCUGGACGGAUAAUGGAACCCGUGGAGCUAGCAGGGGCUGUGUGUGUGCCCGAGCGUGAGGUUAAUGGCAGCGUGAAUAACUUCGGAUAUGUACGGAUAUGUGUUUUACAGAUGCACGCGUUCGCGUCCAUAAGUGCCUGAUUGACUUGGCCUGUUCCGCUGGACCCUGAGGCUGCUGGCUUAUGCUAGAAGGAGAUGAUGACAGAUAUACUGUAAUAGACUCUGUGGUAGGUAGGAGGAGGAGGAGACGAGCCACCAACUCCAUCCAACUGAGAAGGAGAGGCGUGCGUGUGAUAAAGAGAGAGGGAGAAGGUGUUUAAAUGAAAAAUGAAGUGACAACAAAAGACUGGGGGAUAAUGAGAGGGGGGAGAGGAAAAGUCAGAGUAAGAGGAAAAACAUCUGAGAAAAAGAGACAGGAACAGUGAACCCUUCAGAGGACAGGCAGCGCCAGAGAAGGACACAAUAAAUAGGAGAAAAAGAAUGAAACUGAGAUGUGUGAGAGGGGGAGAGAGACAGAGGGCUGGAGGAGGUGAGGGUGACAGAGAGUCUGAUACGACGAAAGAAGAGAGAGAGAGAGACCGAGACCGAGACCGAGACUGUGUGAUGCAAACAUCCCGCCAGACAUCCCUCCCCACUUCCAGUGACACCAGAUGAGAAACAGUUUGCACAACUGUGGUGGAUCCAGACCGUGGGGGAUGGAGCGGCCCGACAAGGCAACCCUCCCGCUACCUUUCUCCCUACAGCUUGCUGACCCUGAGCCUCCACUGUACUAGCCAAAACAAGACAGAAACAAAGACACACCCCAUCGCAGGACCCUGAAGUACGACAGGGGCUGAAGAACUGCGAGAAAGAGAAGCAGAACGAAACACAGAUAAAGCCAGAGACGACGUGACGUGUUGGACGUCCCGUGAGGAUUGAGAGCCUCGGGGUGGCCCGAUCAUGAAACCGUCAAUCUCUGGGGGCCCCCCCUCUGGCCUGCUGCUGGUCCUGAUGUGCUGCCCCCUGCUGGGCCUGGUCCAGUCCGCCAGCAGCAACAAGGCCAGUGACAACGGACACCCACACCUGGGAGACUCUGACCCGGAGCGAUGCAUGAGGCACCACUUUGUGGAGACCAUCACACACCCGAUUUACAAGUGCAACUCCAAGAUGGUGCUGCUGGCGCGCUGCGAGGGCCACUGCAGCCACACGACCCGCUCUGACCCCCUCAUCUCCUUCAGCUCCGUGCUCAAGCAGCCCUUCAAGAGCACCUGCUCCUGCUGCCGGCCGCACACCUCCAAGCUGAAGGCGGUGCGGCUGCGCUGCAGCGGCGGGACUCGCAUCACGGCCACAUACAGAUACAUCCUAGCCUGCAACUGCGAGGAGUGCAGCUGAGCAGGGAACGGCACCCUCCCAAACCCUCAAGACUCUCAAGACCCAGCAUUUUUCCUUGGCCUCGGACCUUAACCUAAAGCUAUCCAGAUCGUUCCUGUCAUUAUUGGAUCAGAAAAUCGCCCCAGGGGACGGCAGCCCGAGCUGCUCGUUGUUAUCUUGGGAGUGAUAGUUUGGAGCAUUGGUACAACGCUCACGUAGGCCUUAAAAUUGGCCUGCGGCCCUCGGGACUCAGACAGAACGUACAAUUUCUCUCCAUUAUUCGCGUUUGAACAGCAUAAAUCAUAAACAAGAAGCAUAUUUCAGCACACAAGGCCAAACACCACAAACUGCUGCUCCCACGGGCUAGCUGGAGACCCUCCUCACUGCACAGACACACUGCUCUCAUUACAGGCCAUAAUUCAUAACAUACAGGCUCACAAACCACGGCAUGAGAGCUUAUUACAUAUAGCUGUAACAGGCUGCCUCCGGCGCCAUAAAAACUCCACCACGCAUUAGACAACAAAACAACACGCUUCGUUUAAAAGCGGGAUGGGGAAAAGACGAGGCUCGGUGAGAACCAGCGGGUCCACGCGAGCCCAGACGUGUGGCGGGGUCUAAAGAGGGGCACCUGCGCCGUGCUUGUUCACCCAAGCAUAUUUUACACACUCCCUGCAGACUUUCAUCUAGCUGCGUAAAACGCGACCAACGCGGAGAGGAGAGCUCGUCACGCGAACUGUAAAAAUGUAGUGGCGGGCGGCGUGAAAAGGAGGCCCGAGGGUGACAGCAGACGGAGGAUAGAGGUCUGGCCGGCCUGUGGGUGGUGCUGAGGACUGUCGACAGACCAUCAGUGCUCAUUUGAAGUGUAAACUGUUGUAUUUGAAUCUUUGUGACGUUCCUGUCAACAUUAUUGAAACUGUAGCUUCUGUCAUGAAACCGCCGCUUUUGCCUGUCGUGUAUCGUUACCUAUGACAUGUCCAGUGUUUUGAGUUGGAGGAAACAGCCUCGUCAGAAAAAUUGCUACGGUUGCUCUGCAUACGUCUGUGAGCCUGCGCACGAUGUCCUCGUCGUCCGCCAUGACGAAUACGGAACUUCAGACCCACAAACGAUUCACUCUGGGUGUGCCGGGCUCAAACAUCAGAACUUGCGGUCAGUUUGCCUGAAGAGAAAAAUGAAGAACUGAGUCCCAUUGUUUCGAUUGUGGUUUCUUCUUUUAUAAAAACUCCAAUUUUCUAACACCGCACACAUUUCGGUCAUAUCGAUAAUCGGGGCUUCUAUGGACGCAAAUAAACACCGGAGUAAUUUGAAUUCUAUGGGCAACUGAUAACCUUUCUCUCUGAGUUUAUAGUGUUGAAGUAUUUUACUUUGAAACCCAUCUGUCUGACUUUUUUGACAUUUUCCAGAAGGUUAUUUCAGGUCCUGCACAAAUUCACAUACGUAAUUCGAGCGUCCGAUGGUCAAAGCUGCUCCGAUUCAGUUCAGUUCAAUUCUGAUCUAAAAUUUAAGGCGAGAUUUUUAAAAAAAUCCGGUUGCUUUAAACUAGAUCGGUUACAUCCAGACGCCAAAAUCCAAGGUGAAAAAUUCAAACUUGAACAUCCGGGCACCGAGGACGAUCCAUCAAUCGGACCUUUGUCCUAUCAGGACAAAAUCCUGUCGGUCACAUAAUCCCAGGACAAAAAAGCGAGAGGUUACCGGGAACCCCAGGAAUUUUCAAAGAAGGUCUUCAGGCCACGUAAAUACAGGUUUUCAGAGUGAAAUGCUCCAACGCGAUCGGUCGUAUCAGCGGCAACGGCGUGAACCUCUCAGUUUGGACCAGCGGGAACUUCAAGCAGCUGCGGUACGGCUGCAGGAGAGCGACCGGCGAGCAGCGAGGCUGACAUCAGUGGGAUCGGAUUGAAAACGAUAAUACCAGGUUACAUGCACGCACUGCUUCCUGUGAGCCCACUGUGCACACGGAGGCAGUUUAAAUCUAGCACAGGAACUGCAAAACAGAACUGCUACUGACACAUAAAUACAAAAUGUAAAUAGAUUGAAUUUGAAUAUGUUCAAGUUCUCACUUGUUCACAAAUAGGUAUACAGCUGCUAUUUAAAAACACGUGUAAUCUUUGCGGCAUUUCUUUGCCUCCAGGGAGUUUUAGAUUGUAAUACCAGCCAAAAAGGUAGACGUGAAGUAGGUGAGCAGUUCCUCCUGAAAUCAGGGCCAUCUUGUAUCCUUUACUGGAAACCAGCCUGUUAGUCCCAGUGCACCAAAGGCUGUUUGGUGCAGUGCUACAAAGGCGAACGUGAAUGAAGUAAACAUGGACGAGUCUUAAAGAGAACUGGGGGUUGGCAGGAUGGCCAGAGAGACGAGACUGACCCUUCCUGCUGGAGUCUCCACUGAAUCCCACCGGCCCCAGGGAAGCCGCCCGCCCCCGCGCCGCGACUCCAAGGGAGAAUAAAACCUCAAAUCUGUGGCUUAAUCAAGAAGCGUAUCGUGUUGAUUCAGCACAGCCAGAUGUGCAGAGCUCUACGACUUGCGGUAGAGACGCUGCGCGGCCUCCACGGUGCCUCGAUGUUGGGUUCAGAGCUGGGACGCCCCUCCCCUGCGGGACAGCACAACACGCCGUUCCGGUCUGUGGACGCUUCAGUCCCGCCCUCGACUGACAGCGCGGCCGGCCGCUUCACGCGUGAGCCUAAUAAAUGUGCGCCCCCCUCCUCCUCCUCCUCGACUCCGGAGAUUAAUCUGCCUUUCUCGGCUGUCUCCUCUCACUGUGUCGCUCCUUUAUCAAC